CGAAAGUGGAUUGUCGUUUGCGCUGUAUACACAAAAACAUUCGGAUUCGACAAGCCAAACAAUGUGUACAGAAUACAGUGCAGUUUAAAUUGAAAACCAAUCAUGGGAUCUAUUACUAUUGAGUUAGAAACACCGUUUAUUACGCCAGGCUGUCCCAGCAGAAUACUGCGCACAAUAUUUGAGCUGUUGCUGUACAAUCGAAAACAAAUUCCGUUUCCAUACCAGACAUUUCGGAUGAUGGUGAAAAAUGUAAAUACGGAUGAUGUUGAUGCUAGCUCUGUUGCGGAUGUGCAAGCUAACAAGCAGCGAGAGAAGGCUCAGCAUGUAAUUCAUUGUAUUGAGAUGGUGCUUGACACAAUAGACAAGAUACUAUGGAAUCAUCCUGCCAGUGAGCUAAUGAUCCUCUUUGGUAAAACGAUCUAUACAGUCAAAGAAGCAUUCGUCAUAAAACUACCAUCCGUUGACGCGAAUCAUUUUGGCGAAAAUCAUCAGCGAACAUUGGAGAGAAUGCUGCAAAACAUCGGUUUACAGCUUACUCUCUGUGACGAAUUCGUUGCCGUUCAGAAUGUACAGGGCGACACAAACAUUUUUGUUAUGUUACAAAUAACUUCACUGGAACCCCAGGUUUGCACUAAGUAUGGAAUGAAUCUUUUGGAUGAUUAUCAACUACCGAGGAAGUGUGCAACAUAUGCGAUCAAUCUGCAGAUGGCGGCAAAGGCAGAUGACUUUGGGCACGAAUUCCCUUAUAUUUGCUGUAAACAAUUGGAAAUUUAUAGUGAACAUACGGAACAAUCCUCAACUUCCACUGCGAUACACACCACACAACAUAAGUCAACAGAUCCAGAAGUUGCUGUGAAAUCACGUUGGUUUCUGCUAGAUGCUGUAGUGAGCGGAUACUCCAUGAAAUCUGCAAAGCAUUUUAAAAUAUGGCAAUAAAAGUUGCUAAUUUAAUUCAACUAAUAAUAAAAGCAUUCAUUGUUAAGUUCAUUCA